GAAAAUGCGUCUGCAAGUUGGUUUUAGCUGGUUUUAUCCGAUUACUGUGAUAUCUUCCUUAUUGGACCUUAUUGGGUUAUCAAACGCCUUGUUACCGGAAGUUGAUCUGGCUUCCGGUUACCGUCAUUCUAACCAAUCAGAAAGAGAAAGCUCGAUCAAGCGUGCACCGUGUGAUACUGGGUGGAGAAUGCGUGAUGGUCGAUUGAAUUCCGUCGCUUUGCUAUAAAAUUCAGCUGAAUCCAGCAUGAGGAAAACAGAUAAACAGUAUACAACCGUCCAGAUGGAAGAAAAAAAAUCCAAAGAAGAGCGAGAGCAUGAUUUGGAAGAACCUUUUAAUGAGGAAUUCUGGUUAAAGGUACAAGAAAAGUUUAGUUCCAGUGACAUAUCAUGGAACAGAGCCAUGGAUGAAGUGCGGACUGACAGACUGAUGGCAAAAUAUGGGCAAGACAGCCUUCUUGUGAUAAUACGUGAUUGGCCAGCCAGUGAGAAGUACAAAGAUAAGCCAGAGAUGGUGGCUAGUUUAGAGUAUCUGAUAAGUCGUUUCACAGAAAUCAUCUUAGAAAAGGACACCGAUGAAGAGUACAAAUACUUCCGUGUUGAAGAAAACCCCUCUCGCCCAACACUGCUUCACCUGGCAGCUGAGCAAAAUUUCCUCCAUGUGACAAAAUUGCUAGUGGAAAAGUAUCCCACACUUGUAUACCUGGAGACAGAAGUAGUUGGUGAUUAUGAACGGGGGUAUUUGCCAGUUGAAAAGGCUCUGAUGUGCUAUAAGGAUGAAACAGCAGCAUAUCUCAUAUCACAGAUGAAACAUGACUGGUGGGUACAAGCCACAGAGGCUACUUUGUAUUUCAGAGUUAAAGUUUGGAAGAAGGUGCAAGAAUGUUUAAAUUAUACACCUUUUUGGAUCAUAAGUAUUUUUCCAGUUAAUUUUAUUUUUGAAAUACUCUGGGGGAUUUGCUUUUUUGGAGUUAGGAGGAGGACAACAACAUUAUUACAUACAUUGCAAUCAACCACAUUUUCUGUCCCCAAGAAAACAGUGGUUGCAGUGUUAGACCGUCUGGUUAACCCUCACUGGCCUUACCUGCCAGAGAAGACGAAAGAACUGGGAGAAAACAGUGAUCGCAUUGAGCGCGCUUGGAGCAGUGUACCAGAUGAUCCAAUGAACUACGAUUUCUUCUAUCAUGUGCUGGAUGCCGAUGAUCAAGGGAGAGAGCCAAAGAUCGAUGAAAGAACCUUGAAUGAACUGUUCAAUCCAAAGUCCAUGUCGUGUCUUCGGUGUAUCGCUGAGAGUGAUGAUAAGGAGGCCAUUCAGCACCCUGUAGUACGUAUGUUGGUUACCAGAAAGUGGAAAAAAUUUGGUCAUUGGUGGUUUUGUGUCCAAGCGUCAUUUUAUGUUUUGUUCCUAACGCUGUUAUCAUACGCACUCAUCUAUGGCUCGACUGUUGAAGACCCAACCCAGUACAAUGGUAAAGCGGAUGGUCUGCGGUUGUUCUGUGAAAUUGUCACCAUUAUCUUUCUCAUGUUUUACUUUUUUGAGGAAGUCAAUGAAGCGGAGCGGGAACAGAGAACGUAUUUCAAAGACCCCUACAACUACUUUGAUUGGCUGGGACUUAUCUUGACAUUUCUCGUUAUUCCUCUACGGUUUUCUGGGGUUAAAUAUCAAUGGAGUGUUGCCGGGCUCGGCUACUUGUUCAAUUUCUUACGGCUCUUCAAGUUUUCCUGCGUCACCAGAACCACAGGUCUGUACACCAAGACUCUGGCCAAGAUCAUCUACCGGGACGUGACUCGCUUUAGUGUGGUGUUUCUUGUCGUCUUUAUUGGAUUCUGUGGCGCCAUGUUUAUGGCGCUGAAGGCUACUGGCUCACAAGACUUAUUCACUUUCUUUCCUUUGUUUCCUGUUAGCUGGCUGGCUAUCCUGAUUCUCUUAGCCUACAUGGCAAUGGUUAUAGUUAUUCUUCUUAAUGUUCUGAUCGCUCAGCUGAGCUACACGUACAGUGAAGCCAAGAGUAACGCAAAGCUACAGUACGCUAUUGAUCGAAUGCGGAUUGUCACGCGCCUGGAACACAGCAGAUUCGCUAGAUUCAAUUUAAGAGUCAAAUACUACAAAGUGGGCGAUAGAGUCAGCGAAACAGAACUGGCCAAAGAGAUGCUGGAGUACAGUGAAGAGAGGAAUCCGUGGGAAUCAAUGGAGGACAAACUGACACUCAUCAGGGACUUGAUGAGGAAAGUGAUGCGAAAAGUGUCCGAAAAAUCGGAUUGAAACUUUUCAGAACACGGGCCUUUUAUUGCCAGAAAAAAAGAUAAUCAAAUUUUUUGCAUGGAUUGAACAUCUUUAUCACCUGGAAAAUAGUGUUUUGUUGUAAAUAAUUUAUUUCUCAGUCUGGAUAUUUAGGUCUGGAUUAAAUUUUGUAACAGUUCAGUUUUAAUUUUAAACAGCCAUUUUUUGGAAAAAGUCCAAAUUGUCGGCCAAUAGUUGUUCUCAUUUUCUGCGCGGUCAGACCCACAUUUCUUAUGUCAAAAUCCCAUGCCUUAAGGGAUGAGAUAUAAUAACUUGCUGAGACAAAGCAUCCCGUUUUCUGUGUCGUACAAACAGCAAAAAUCUCCCGUUUGCUAAUGUCUUUUCUAGUUGAAAACAAGUAGUGAAAACAAGUAGUGGACAGGUAACCAAAACAAUAGCUCUUCGAGGAUUGGGGUUGAGCAUAGAACGUAUUGCUUAAUCUCACUACAUAAAGAUACCCAGAAGUUUGAUAGAAGAAAGUCUUCUAAAAGGACAAGCAAUGA